AUGAUAGCGCAUGGGGUGGCGACGACGCUUUCGAAUGACGAUCCGGCGAUCGAGGGGCAGAAUGAUGCGCGGUUGAGUUAUGAUUAUUUUGAGGCUGUUCAGGCGUUUGAUAAUGUUGGUUUCGCGGGGUUGGGCCGUAGGGCGCAGAACUCGGCGAGGUAUUCGAAUUUCCUCGAUCAAGACGAUAAUGAGUAG